CUAAAAAUUCGUUUGAUCACCAUGCGCAUGUCUUUGCAUGACCUUGUGAUUGUUUCUCUCGCUGCCUCGCAUCCAGAGAAUUUUGUAAAUCGUAGACAAAAUACCACAAUAUGUCACGAGUUCAGCCAGAUCAAUACCAGCUACGCGUUUUUACCUUGGUGUCGGAUGUGGUAUAUCGAUUUUCUUCGGAAGACUCAGGUGCAGUAUCAAUAUGAUUAAGAGGCUUGUUAAAAAUUUCCAGUGCGAUGAAUAUGCAGCUGCAAUUAUUCUGUUUAAGUACAGUUUCUGUUUGGCCUAAACUGCGCUAACGAAAGUAUUUUUUUUAAAAAUCGGCUUUCUGAAAACUGAAUGCAGCCGAAAAGAUGGGGAUACUGGACAAAAUAGUCAGCGCUCUGGGAACCGGUCCGAGAACGUACCACAUUCUGGUGGUUGGAUUGGACAACAGUGGCAAGUCGACUAUCAUUAAUUUCCUGAAGCCAGAUAAUCUCCGCGUCUCGGGAGAGAUUCCACCUACCGUUGGAGUAAAGAUUGAAAAAGUGAAGUACAAGAAUACCAUUCUCCAGUUUCAUGAUAUGUCCGGGCAAGGAAAAUAUCGAGCAAUGUGGGAACGCUGCUUCUCCGACUGUCAUGCUAUAAUCUUCGUUGUCGACAGUUCCGACAAGGUGCGCGUUGUGGUAGCCAAGGAGGAAUUUGACGGACUGGUUCAGCAUCCGGCGAUGCAAGAGCGCAGCAUCCCUUUGCUAGUCUUAGCCAACAAGAAGGAUCAACCAAAUGGCAUUGCCGCAACGCGCUGUUCCCAGUUGUUCGAGUUGGAGAAGCUCCUGGCCAACCGAACGUGGCAUCUGCAGGCCACGAAUGCUUUGACGGGAGAAGGUGUACACGAGGCUUUCAACUGGUUAACCGAUUAUCUUGCAAGCCUCCCGGCUGACGGAAGAGGACCUGACUAAAGGAAAACUUACGCGUCGAAAAUGCGUUCUGUAAAUACUGACUACUGCUGCUUUGUAAUAAAGCGAUGUUUCACUCAUUUUACUUUAUGUUAAGGAUGAUUCAUAGCUUCAUACGUGAUAUAGAUAUAUAAAAUUACCGGUAUGCUCCUUUAUAGAAUGUAUAUCGUUGGACGUUGUAUACCAAACACAUUCU